AAAUUAGGGAGUUUAUAUAAACCCCUUUCUAGGGCUCCUUAAGACGUUUCAAGUCACAGAACCAACAAGAAGAAGAAGAAGAAGAAGAAGAAGCAGUAUUAGUAGAGAUACAAAAGAAGACGGAUAAGCUAAUCUGAAAGAAAGUAAAGAGAAGGGAACAACCAACAAACCCAGACGAUCAAGCGUGAAUGACGAGCACUGGUGAAUUGAUUUUGCCCCCCGGUUUCAGAUUUCACCCCACUGACGAGGAAUUAGUAAACCAUUAUUUGUGUAGAAAAUGUUCUUCGCUUCCCAUCGCAGUUCCCAUAAUCAAAGAGAUCGAUUUAUACAAAUUCGACCCGUGGCAGCUUCCUGAAAUGGCUCUUUACGGUGAGAAGGAGUGGUAUUUCUUUUCCCCAAGGGACCGAAAAUAUCCAAACGGUUCGAGGCCGAACCGAGCUGCUGGAACAGGUUAUUGGAAGGCGACUGGGGCUGAUAAGCCCAUUGGAAAGCCCAAACCACUUGGAAUAAAAAAGGCCCUAGUUUUCUACGCGGGCAAAGCCCCUAAAGGUAUCAAGACCAACUGGAUCAUGCACGAAUAUCGCCUCGCUAACGUGGAUCGCUCCGCUGGCAAGAAAAACAACUCUCGGUUAGAUGAUUGGGUGUUGUGUCGAAUCUACAAUAAAAAGGGUAGCAUAGAGAAGAACUAUCCGGCAACGAAUCAGGUGAUGAAGACUGAGGAAUUCCCUGAAAUUGAGGACACAAAACCCCAUAUUAUUCCCUCUGUUUUGCACAAUGACCACUUUUAUAUGGACACGUCGGACUCCGUACCGAAGCUCCAUACGGACUCCAGCGGGUCGGAGCACGUGCUUUCGCCCGAGUUCACGUGCGAUAGAGAGGUCCAAAGUGAACCCAAAUGGAAUACUGUCAGUGAUGACGUGUUGUCGAAUGCCUUUGAUUUUGACUUCAAUUACAUGGAUGGAUUCUCAGAUGAUCCUUUUGGGUCUCAGCUUCAAAUCCAAUACUCAAACCCAAUGGACCGGCUCUCCCCCUUGCAAGACAUGUUCUCAUUCAACUUCAUGCAGAAACCCUAUUAAUCAUCCUCUAGCCUUGCAUAAAAGAAAAAAAAAAUUAAAAAGAAAAAAGAAAAAUUGGGUAACCUUCAUUUGGGCCCAAAAUUAUUUCAUUAGUAACACAAAAAUUGUAGAAAUUUCAGCAUAUUGUUGUAAUGUGGCCCAGAAAAUCUCUCUCAUGAGAGAAUAGUUUGCUCAGGUAAGAAGUCCAAAUUUGUGGGCUUGACAAUAGAAUGGGCACGCGGAACAUACAUACAUUGUUGUUUGGUGAAGUUGGAGUGGAAUGAUGGAUUUGAUCUAACAGUGGGAAGAAGAAUUUAAAUGAUCAAUGAUCUUGAACAGGUCAGGGGAUCAAGGGGCUCCUAUUAGAUGAUAGUCAUGUUAAUAGUAUGUAUGACUGUAGAAAAUUCUUGUAUUGGUCUGCUCUCAUAGAUUGUAGCAAAAUUUCUUUUAUUUAAUAUUUUUUUUUCAAUAUAAUGAAAUAUUCACGUUGCUACAAAUUAUAGAUGAGAAAUUAUAAUAAAUAACUACAAAUUAUAUA